CCCUCUGCCGCCUACCACCUACGCGAGAGUCUUAUUCUCUUCGGGGUGCUUGCAUUACGAGGGCGGACGCCGCAGGCCUACAACAGCUAACAUACCAGACGUCUUAAUUAGAGACUGUUAAAAAUCUGGAUUGGUGAAUAUGGAUGAUUAUAGAACUGGUGGUGGAAGAGGAAGUGAUUACGAUGAGGAAUAUGAGGAACAAGAUAGCCGCGACAGAGUUGGUGGCAACGUUAUUAACCUACAACGAUUGGACAGUAUUCAAGAUCCUGGAAAGAGAUAUAUACUUAAGGGCUGUAUGGGGUCCGGUGUUUGUGGAGAUGUGUAUGAAGCUAUUGACGAACAUGAUGGAAAUAAGAGGGUUGCCAUAAAGAUUCAGAAUCUUGUCCCAGAAUCUCAGACUCACAUUACAGAAGAGUACAGAGUCUUGAGAGAUAUUUCAAGUCAUCCAAACCUUCCAGAUUUUUAUGGAAUAUAUCGCAGAAGAUCGGGAAAGAAGUCUGAACACGACCAAAUAUGGUUUAUCAUGCAACUCUGUGAAGGCGGACCAGUAAUUGAUCUCUGCAGAGGACUCAUAGCGCAAGGGAAGAAAAUACGAGAGGUGCAUAUAGGCUACAUUCUGAGAGAAGUCAUUAAGGCGUUGAUACAUUUACAUGAACACAAAGUCAUUCAUCGAGACGUACGUGCCAGCAAUAUUCUUCUAACAAAAGAAGGUCAAGUCAAACUUGUCGAUUUUGGUCUUUCAAAAAUGGUUAAAGGAGAAAAUGGAAAAAGGCAUACGUACAUCGGCUCACCUAGUUGGAUGGCACCAGAAAUUAUUGCAAGCAGCAGGGACUCCAGGUCGGGAUAUGACAGUCGAGUAGAUGUCUGGGCUAUUGGAAUUACUGCAAUUGAAAUGGCUGAUGGGAAAGCACCUUUCCAAGACAUGCACCCAACAAGGGCACUUUUUCAAAUAGUCAGGAAUCCUCCACCAUCUCUCUACAGACCAUCGACUUGGUCUCAACAUUUCAAUGACUUUAUCAGCGAGUGCCUGGAAAAAAAUCCAGAUAACCGGCCGUUUAUCCAGGAAAUAAUAGAACAUCCUUUUCUCUCAGAGUUGCCUGAGAAUGAUUAUCCGUUAACCCAGGAGCUGAAAGCACUCGUUAUGGACGUUAGUGAGAGAGGAAGGAAAGAAAGAAAGCCCGAAGUAAUCGUACAAAAAGGAUUCCUAAAGACCCACCAAUCAGAGCCCCUGGAGCCGAUGUUUACAGAAGAUCUAGCAGCACUGGAGAAUCCAACUGAAGAAAUAAUUUUGAACGAAUUACAUGAAAGACUUAAGUUAGGGUUUUUCCAAACAUUUGUGGGUGACAUACUAUUGAUAUUAAACCCCAACGAAGGGCAAGAUAUUUACGGACUCAAUUAUCAUGCUAAAUAUCAGUGCAAAUCGCGAUCCGAUAAUUCCCCACAUAUCUAUUCAGUUGCCGACAGUGCAUACCAAGAUGUACUUCAUCACGAAGAAUCUCAACAUGUUUUAUUUUCUGGAGAGAGUAAUUCUGGAAAAACUACUAAUAUGCUUCAUCUGAUUAGACACCUCAUGUUUCUUGGAAAGAGUCUUAAAGACACUGGAGCUAGACUUAUGAAAGCUAUCAACAUUAUUCAUGCGUUUACGAAUGCGGCUACGCCACUCAAUCCCAAUUCGACAAGAUGUCUUUUACAAAUUCAAACAACAUUUGGAUCUACAGGGAAAGCAUCUGGCGCUAUAUUUUGGCUAUACCAGUUGGAAAAAUGGCGCGUUUCAACUCGUGACAAGACCCAAUCAAACUUUCAUAUUUUCUACUACCUUUAUGAUGGACUUGAGUCCACUGGCCGAUUGUCUGAUUAUUCACUAUCACCAGGUCGCAAAUAUCGUUAUUUAAGAACUGGAAACAAAACUACUGGAAAUAAACGGUCCUUCAAAGUCAGAAAUAACCCGCAAGGCAAUUCUUUACAUUUUAAUACUCUUGUGGAAGAUCUGCGAGCUAUGGAAAUGGAGGAACAUUUUGAUACUAUUUGGAAAAUUCUUGCAGCAAUUCUAAUUCUUGGUGAAGUCAGAUUCCUAGGCGACAAUAAUGGUGAAGCUGAAAUUGAAAAUAUGGAAACUGCUAAGAAAGUUGCCGAGCUAUUAGACGUAGACUCGAAAAAAUUCACUUGGUCCUUGGUGAAUUACUGCUUGAUUAAAAAAGGAGCAGCAGUUAGAAAAAAGCAUACCUGUGAUGAGGCUAGAGAAGCAAGAGAUGUACUUGCCAAUACAAUGUAUCAACGUCUUGUUGAUUGGAUAAUCAACACAAUUAAUUACAAGUUCUCUUUUACACGUACACUUUUUGGAGACAAAUAUUGUAUUUCUGUUCUCGACCUUUUUGGAUUUGAAUGUUUUGCAGUCAACAGAAUCGAACAACUUUUUAUAAACACUAUGAAUGAACAAUUGCAAUGCCAUUACAAUCAAAGAAUCUUUACGUGGGAAAUGCAAGAACAAGAAGAAGAAGAAGUGCCAGUAAUAAAAUACCAUUACUAUGACAACAAAGAUGCAAUCGACCAACUGAUGGACAAAACCCAUGGACUAUUUCACCUUAUUGAUGAAGCCUCCAGACAACAACAAGACGUGCAAUAUAUGUUUGAAAAAUUAAAGCAACAUUCGCGAGGAGUACAUAUUAAAGUUGCUGGACCACAUGAAUUCACUGUUGCACACUAUACGGGAAAAUUAGUUUAUGAUGCCAGUGAGAUUGCAGAAAAAAACCGUGACUUUUUAGCACCGGAAAUUAUUGAAGCCUUGAGACUUUCAACUUCUGAGGUAGUCAAAACAUUGUUCCUCAAUCAACUUUCACGAUCAGGAAAUCUUACGAUUGUCGUAGAACAUCCAAUCACUACGGCAAAAAAGACUCCAAAGAGUAAGUGGGGAGCAGCUCUUAUUCAAGAAACUACGAAAGUCAGAAGGUACAAUACGGCAUCGAGGGGCCAAUUUUCACAGACAAGCAAAAUACGUACUUGCGCUGCAGUUUUCCGAUCAAUAAGUCUAGAAAUUCUCAAAACUCUUUCAGUUGGAGGAGGAAGCGGAGGAACACAUUUUGUUAGAUGCAUACGUUCAGAUCUAGAUAAUAAUCCUAGAGGAUUCUACAGAGAAGUAGUGAGGCAACAAAUCAGAGCUUUAGCUGUUCUGGAUACAACUAAAGCAAAGCAACAAGGUUACCCGUACCGAGUUCCUUUCCAGGAAUUUCUUCGAAGGUACAAAUUUUUGGCCUUUGACUUUGACGAAAAUGUUGACUUGACAAAAGAGAAUUGUCGACUACUGUUGAUAAGAUUGAAAAUGGAAGGUUGGCUGAUAGGAAAAACCAAAGUUUUUCUUAAAUAUUAUAAUGAGGAAUACCUUUCACGUCUCUACGAAACUCAAGUGAAGAAAAUCAUAAAAGUCCAAUGCAUGCUCAGAGCUUUCCUCGCUCGUAAAACAGUGAAUUCGAAAAACUCCCAAUUAUUAAAAAAAGAAGCGGUGAAGAAAGCAUCGUUAAAAAAGAGGAGGAGUAUGGAGAUGUCGCAGGAUCAAGCGGCAGUGGUGAUACAAAAAGUAUACAGGGGUCACUCUGUGAGGAAGGAGACGAAUCCAAUUCUGAAAGCGGAAAUGGAUCAGGAGACGAAGGACUUAAUGAUGUUUUACUGCAACAAGUGGAGGGCGAAGACCAUGUUCCAAGUCCUCCUACAUUACCGUGCAGCCCGGUACCAGGAUCUGGUCCACUUCUCUCAGCAAGUCCACCUCUACAAUCAAGCGAUAGUGGGGGAGCUUCAAAUGACCAAUGAACGCACUCCUUUAGAAAAGAUUGACCCCGGAAUCAAGCCUUCUGCUUAUUUAGGUCCAUUGAAACCACCUCAAGUUCACAAGUUACCAUUUGACAUUCAUCGCGAAUUACCUUUCUUCGACACAAACUACAUCAACGACCCAUCAAAAACUAGAAGAAAAUCAGGAUCCUUAUCUUCGGCAUCUGACGAUGAGCACGAGACUUGGGACGCACCAUUGCGGAGGGAAACAGUACCUUGGGCCAACAAAAGCAUUCAAACUAGAGAUGCGGAAGUUCAAACAACAAAUUCGCCCCAGCACGUUAACCAGGCUUCGAACGUCGGAGGUCAAAGUUUGAUCAACACUCCGUUUUCCAGAGAUCCAACAAUCCCAGUAUCCUGCCCUCCAGAAGAAGCUGCCCGAAGCAAGAUCAAUUCCAAUUCGCAAACACACAUCAACAGCCACAGUUCCGUACCAUCGAGCAAAGCUUAUAAUUCUUGUUCAUUGUCCAAAAGCCAUUCGGGGUCCGUCCGAUCGAUAAAAAAAGUACCCGCACCUUCGAUACCAUAUAAUCAAGCACCUGCUUAUCAGUCACAAAGCUGCAACAAUUAUGAUCCAAAUGCUCGAACUAAACUGAAUGUAGAUGUUAAUUGGAAUUGCGAAUAUGAAAUCAGUAGCCACAUUGGAAAGAACAAUCGCGUUAAUCCAAUUCAAGAAUUACAAAUGAUUGGCCGAAAAAAUAACUAUUCUGAUGAUGAUCCGCCUUUCAAUUUUCAGGCGAUGUUACGAAAAACUCCCCAUCAACGUGCCUCAAUGAAGAGGACUCCAAUUUAUGAAAGUUGCUCUUCACCUCCACCUUCCAGAUCUUCCCACCGCCAAUCAAUUUAUGAAAACGAAUCCAGAUCUAACAUCGUUUAUCGCAGCGGUGAUAGCAGAGAAGAAUCACCAGAAUGGAGUCCAAAUGAAAUGGUCAGAAUGUCCGAAGAAUAUGGCAGGCAGGAUUCUUGGAGUGAUAAAAAGACAACGUACCAAAAAGGGGAACCAAUCACCACAGAACUCGCACCGGGAAUAAUUGUUCAAGGAUAUGUCGCUGAUUUAUAAACUUUCACAAAACUACCAAAAAAAACCACUCAGUUAAGAUUUCAUUUCGCUUAAUUUUUGUUAAAGAUUGGCACCUCAAGUUCCAUUAUAGAAAGAUUUUUUAAAUAAUAGAAAUUUCACACUAUUACAAUUUAAACUAUUCUUAUAUAGAUUACAAAAACCUACACCAAACGGAUGACGAAAGAUGGUAGAAAAAUAGCAAUAUAUUUUGACAAAAACUAAUACUCAUGAUCUUCACUGAGCCACUUUGUAUCAUGUAAACCUAGAUCAUAUAAUAUCAUGAAAUUGAAAUAUUUUCAUGUCUUUCAGUGUGAAAGGAACAUCGUGAUGAAAUACAAAUAAUUUAGAAGGACAGAUAAGAUAGUGACUCCUGUAAUAGAUAAUGAAACAUUGUGAAGAAUAUUCAUAUUCACCCUAAACGAUUCUUCAUGAGUGGGUUCCCAUUGCUUGAGGAAAAUGAGGACCAUUAUUGGAGUUCUAUACUUCAUUUCAGUGUUUUACCCGAAUCCUGUUGGUUUAUAUACAUAUAUAUGUAUAAUGAUAUCUAUAAUUUAAAAUGCAUGAUUCAAUAUACAAAUGUUCAUUAAAAUUGCAAGCAUUUCUAGCAGUGAGUUAUUUGUUGUGUGACAUCAUUUGUUCAAUGACAUAUGUACCGCGUCCUAGAAUAGAAAAUCCUUGGGCAGAAGUCGCUUGUAAUACUAUUAACAUAGUUUUAAAUAAAAGUCUUUUUUGUCUAUUCAAA